AUGAUUGAAGAUAUACUCACGCGCGUCUCGCUGAAGACGUUGAUCAUAGCAGUGGUCGCCAUCUACUCUUUCAUCAAAAUCACAACAUGGAUCAAUACAGAGCGCAAGAUCCGGGCGUUAGGCGGCCAUGCAAAGAAGGUCAACACGAAGUUUCCUUUGGACCUCGACCUCAUAGCAAGGGCUAUCAAUGCAACCAUGAACCACAAGAACCUUCAAACCUGGAACCGGUGGUUCACAACCUCUACGGGGGAGAAGUGCUACACAAUGGAAGCAAAGCCCGUCGGUCGUCGUCUGAUCUUCACAGCCGACCCUGAGAAUAUCAAAGCAAUCCUAGCUACGCAAUUCACGGACUACGGCAAGGGCGAGCCAUUCCAUGAAGAAUGGAAGGAGUUUCUAGGUGACAGUAUCUUUACCACUGACCUCGACCAGUGGCAUUCUUCCAGACAGUUGAUCCGGCCGCAGUUUGUCAAGGACCGAGUGAGUGAUCUGGACGUUUUUGAGACGCAUGUCCAGGUCUUGCUGAGACAGAUUGUCGAGGGAGGGACGCGAUAUGAUGGGACCAGAGGGGGUGAGAUUGACGUCAGCGAUUUGUUCUUCAGGUACACGUUAGAUGUUGCUACACAUUUUUUGUUGGGACGGUCGGUUGGCAGUUUGGAGUUGCCAGAACAGGAGUUUGCGGAGGCUUUCGGAGAGGUACAAAGGGUGCAGAAUAUUAUUGCUCGAGCUGGGCCACUUAAUCCGCUUGUCCCCCGCACCUCGUUUUACAAAGGCAUAAAAGUCAUCAACGAGUUCGUCACCCCAUAUAUUGACCAAGCACUCAGUCUCUCGCCCGAAGAACUGGCUACGAAGACGAAAUCUGAGGAGGGAUAUACAUUUCUCCAUGCUCUUGCUUCGUUCACACGUGAUCGAAAAGUGCUCCGCGAUCAAUUGGUUGCUGUGCUGUUGGCGGGGAGAGACACGACUGCUUCCACUUUAUCAUGGACGUUUUAUGAACUGGCGAGGCAUCCUGAGAUAGUGAAGAAAUUGCGCGCCGAGAUCGUGAGCCAAGUGGGCCUGGACAGACCACCUACCUACGCAGAUUUGAAGGGGAUGAAAUACUUGCAGAACGUCAUGAACGAAACCCUCCGCCUCUACCCCGUUGUUCCCUUCAACGUUCGCCUCGCCCUAAAAGACACGACCCUCCCCCACGGCGGCGGCCCCGACGGUCUCUCCCCGGUCGGUAUCCUGAAAGACACACCCAUUGGCUACUCCACGCUCCUCAUGCAGCGCCGCCCCGAUCUCACACCCCCCAUGCCCCAUCCGACGUCCCCCUCCUCACCCCCGAUCACGGUCCUGGACUACGUACCCGAGCGAUGGCAAAGCUGGCAGCCAAAACCGUGGACGUAUAUUCCUUUCAAUGGCGGCCCGAGAAUCUGUAUUGGUCAGCAAUUUGCGUUGACGGAGAUGGGGUAUACGAUUGUGAGGUUACUGCAGAGGUUCGAGGGUGUCGAGAACUUUAUGGGGGUGGUUGAUGGUGGGGACCCAUGCUUAAAGGCCGAGAUUGUUUUGCAGCCUGGACAGGGAGUUAGAGUUGGGUUUGUGGAAGGUGAAAAGAGAGGGCUGUGA